CCCGCUCCGCUCCGGCCCCGCCGCUGCAGGUUUCCGUGAAGACAAACAACUGAAAUGUGGAUAGCUUAUUCGUAGCUUGGUGGUGGUUGUCAUCUGGAACCUGCUGGUGUCUCCUCUCAGUCGCAGGCGUGGUGUUGGCAACUGAGAGCCAUGAAGGUUGUCCCAGAGAAGAAUGCUGUCCGCAUCCUUUGGGGUAGGGAACGGGGCACCCAAGCCUUGGGUGCUCAGCGGCUUCUGCAGGAGCUGGUGGAGGAUAAAACUCGAUGGAUGAAAUGGGAGGGCAAGAAAGUUGAGUUACCAGACAGUCCACGCUCCACCUUCUUGCUGGCGUUUAGUCCAGACAGGACCCUAAUGGCUUCCACACAUGUGAACCACAACAUCUACAUCACAGAGGUGAAAACGGGCAAGUGUGUUCAUUCCUUGGUUGGACAUCGCCGCACUCCCUGGUGUGUCACCUUCCAUCCCACCAUCCCAGGCCUCAUUGCUUCAGGAUGCCUAGAUGGGGAGGUUAGAAUUUGGGAUUUACAUGGUGGAAGUGAGAGCUGGUUCACAGAUAGCAACAAUGCCAUUGCAUCACUUGCUUUUCAUCCUACGGCUCAGCUCUUGCUGAUUGCCACUGCCAAUGAGAUACAUUUCUGGGACUGGAGUCGUCGGGAACCUUUUGCAGUGGUGAAAACGGCCAGUGAAAUGGAGCGGGUCAGGCUGGUACGGUUUGAUCCCUUGGGACACUACUUGCUCACAGCAAUCGUUAACCCUUCUAACCAGCAGAGCGAUGAGGAAGUGGAAAUCUCCGUGGACAGCACAGAGAUGCCGCAUUAUCGUCAGCGCGCUAUCCUUCCGUCUCAGCCUGUGAGGCGCACACCCCUCCUCCACAACUUCCUGCAUAUGUUGUCCUCCCGCUCCUCUGGCAUACAGGUGGGAGAGCAAAACAGUGUUCAAGACUCUGCUACCCCAUCCCCUCCACCGCCUCCACCACCACCACCUCCGCCUCCAGCCAGUGAGAACACAAGGGCAUCUGUCUAUAACAGGCUCCGGGAGCGAGUCAGCUAUCCCACAGCAGAGUGCUGCCAGCACCUGGGGAUGUUGUGCCUUUGCAGCCGAUGCUCUAGUACAAGACUUCCUUCUUCUCUCUUCCCACACCAGGAAAAUGCACCCUCCACGUCUUCUGGGGCCACUGGCACUUCCUUCUCCUCUGUGCAGACAGAGCCUUAUCAACCCCCAGAGCAGGCAUCCGUAGCACAGGAGGAGCAGGGGAUACUUAACAGGCCCUCUGCUUUCAGCACAGUUCAGAGCAGCACUGCUGGCAACACCCUGCGCAACCUUAGCCUGGGCCCCACGCGGCGGUCCCUCAGCGGGUCCUUGGCAGGCCACCAGUCCCGGUACCAACAGUCUGCGAGAGAGAUGGCUUCAGGCUUGGGUGGGUCUGACUGGUCCAGGACAGUGCUGAACAUGAGCUCUCGGUCCGAGCUGGAAGCCAUGCCUCCCCCUAGGACCAGUGCCUCCUCUGUGAGCUUGCUGUCCGUGCUCAGACAGCAGGAGGGAGGUUCCCAGGCAUCAGUCUAUACCUCUGCAACAGAAGGGAGGGGCUUUCUGGCCCCAGGGGCUGAGGUGAACAGUGGUAGUAGUGCUGGCCCGAGCAAUCCAGCCAGCAUUCGUAAUGAGCUCCAGUGUGAUUUGAGGCGAUUCUUCCUGGAAUAUGACCGGCUUCAGGAGUUAGAUCAGGGGAUUGGUGGGGAGCCCAGCCAGUCGCAACAGGCUCAAGAAAUGCUCAACAACAACAUUGAGCCUGAUCGACCCGGUCCCUCCCAUCAGCAGACUCCACAAAGCAGUGAAAACAAUUCCAAUUUGUCCCGGGGUCACCUGAACCGCUGUCGUGCUUGUCAUAACCUGCUGACCUUUAACAAUGACACGCUGCGCUGGGAAAGAAGCACGCCUAGCUACACACCAGGGCAGGUCCAAAGCACAUUUGAGGGUGUGCCUCCAAAUACCAGCCAGGUGCAGCCUGCAGAGAGAACCGAGGGCAGAGCUCCUGCCUCUAGCAGACUGCAGCUGGGCAGCUCUUCCACCCCGCAGGAGGAGAGGACCGUGGGAGUGGUCUUUAACCAGGAGACGGGGCACUGGGAAAGAGUUUACAGCCAGUCGGCUUCAAGCAGACCUGGGAAUGUAUCACAGGAGGCCUUAAACCAGGAAAUGCCUGAGGAAAGCUCAGAGGAGGAUUCACUCAGGAGGAGGUUGCUGGAGUCUUCCCUCAUUUCAUUAUCUCGCUAUGAUGGAGCAGGAUCCCGGGAACAUCCAAUCUACCCAGAUCCAGCCAGGUUGUCUCCUGCUGCAUAUUAUGCCCAGAGGAUGAUCCAGUAUCUUUCCCGGAGGGACAGUAUUCGACAACGCUCUAUGCGAUAUCAGCAAAACCGUCUCCGCUCUUCCUCCUCCUCUGCUUCCACUUCAGAGAACUCAAGCCCAUCUGUGGAGGGAAAUGAUCUGGAAUUUGAAGAUUUUGAGGACAACGGAGACCGAUCCAGGCACCGAGCUCCCCGGAAUGCCCGCAUGUCUGCACCGUCGCUGGGGCGCUUUGUCCCGAGACGCUUCUUGCUGCCAGAGUACUUGCCUUAUGCUGGGAUUUUCCAUGAACGAGGACAGCCUGGCUUGGCCACCCAUUCCUCUGUCAACAGGGUCUUGGCAGGUGCUGUGAUUGGGGAUGGACAGUCAGCUGUGGCCAGCAACAUUGCCAACACCACCUACCGGCUCCAGUGGUGGGACUUCACUAAGUUUGAUCUGCCUGAAAUCAGCAAUGCCUCUGUGAAUGUGCUUGUUCAAAACUGCAAGAUUUACAAUGAUGCUAGCUGUGAUAUCUCUGCUGAUGGGCAGCUGCUGGCAGCUUUCAUUCCCAGCAGUCAGAGAGGCUUCCCUGAUGAAGGAAUAUUGGCUGUAUAUUCUCUGGCACCCCACAACUUGGGCGAGAUGCUUUACACAAAGCGAUUUGGACCUAAUGCCAUUUCUGUGAGCCUGUCUCCAAUGGGUAGAUAUGUUAUGGUGGGACUGGCUUCCCGACGUAUCCUGUUGCACCCCACUACAGAACACAUGGUUGCUCAAGUUUUCAGGCUGCAACAGCCCCAUGGUGGAGAAACCUCUAUGAGGAGAGUUUUCAACGUUUUGUACCCAAUGCCUGCCGACCAGAGGAGACAUGUCAGCAUAAACUCUGCUCGCUGGCUGCCUGAGCCGGGCCUGGGAUUGGCAUAUGGCACCAACAAAGGGGACCUGGUGAUUUGCCGACCAGAGGCCUUAAACUCUGGAGUUGAGUACCACUGGGACCAGCUGAAUGAGAAUGUCUUCACUGUGCAUUCCAGCAGCAGGAGUGAGCGGCCUGGAACCAGCAGAGCUACAUGGAGGACAGACAGGGACAUGGGCCUGAUGAAUGCCAUAGGCCUACAACCCCGAAAUCCCCCCACCUCUGUGACAUCACAGGGUACCCAGACCUUGGCGCCUCAGCUGCAGAAUGCCGAGACUCAGACAGAGAGGGAGGUACAGGAGCAGGAAUCCGCCUCUGCAGGGACUGGUGAAGGUGAAGGUCCAGAAUAUGGGGCCAGUGGGGAGGAUGCCCUGAGUAGGAUUCAAAGGCUGAUGGCAGAAGGUGGCAUGACUGCCGUGGUUCAGCGGGAGCAGAGCACCACCAUGGCAUCCAUGGGCGGCUUUGGCAACAACAUCAUUGUGAGCCACCGGAUCCACCGCAGCUCUCAGACUGGCACAGAGCCCACUGGAGCUGAGGGCACGUCAGCACAGCAGUCCACCUCUCAGCAGCUGGGCACAGAGCUGGAGGGACGGAUCCUGUCAGAGUCUGUGCAGCUGCCGGAGCGUGGCCUGAGCCCGCGGACAGCCCUUAGUGGGAGUGAAGGACAAAGCGCUGGUGACCUGGAUCUGCCAGAGCAGGCCCAGUCCUCCAUGGACACCGAGGGACCAAUUGAAUACAGUGACCUAACUAACAAUAACCAUCUUCCUGACAGUACCAACUUCUAUAGUAACGACAGCACCAGUGGGGAGUCACGGAACAGCAGGCUUAUGGAGGAAGUAUGGGGAGAGUGCGAGUGCUAACGAGGGAAACACCAAAGAUCAAUGUCAUUAAAAUAUGACAAACCCUUGCUUGA